CUAGAACAUCCUUAGCUGCUCUUCUUGGAGAACCCACAUUCUUGGUGUUCAUUACUGCAGAAUAUGAAGCAAAAGAUAACCAUUGAGGCGAACAUUUGGUGUGACAAAUGUCGGUCCAAGGCCAUGAAAAUAGCUGCUGUAGAAGAUGGUGUUAAAUCAGUGGCUUUCAAGGGGGCAAGGAGAGACCAAAUAGAGAUAAUCGGAGACGAUGUUGAUGCAACGGGAUUGACCGGAUUGCUGAGGAAGAAGCUCGGCUAUGCAGACUUAGUGAGCUUGGAAGAAAUAACCGAAACGAAAGUUGGUAAAGAGGAAAAGAAACCUAGCCCUGAUUGUCCAAUUAGGGGAAGAAGAGGUUGUCACCACCAUGAGAUGGAAUUGCACAUCUAUGAUCCACCAUCAGGGGGUUGCACCAUUAUGUGAUGAUAUAUAUAUGGCCCCUCCACUAAGGGUCCGUUUUUGUUUUUUGUGUCAUUUUAAGGAAUUUUUCGUGGGACUCACAUUUCGAUCACAUAUCGCUGUCUCGACCGUUCAAUUCUUAAAACUCUAUAAAUAGAUCACUUUUGCAAAUUUUCAACCAAAUUGAUGACCGUUAAGCUAUCGAAUUAGAUUAAAUCAUUGAACAAACCAAAUAUGCCAAAUCUGAACCGUGCAUGCUUAUAAUUGUAAAUCAUACUUAUAGAUACCUUAACGAUUAUCACUUUGACUGCAAAUUUGCAGAAGUGAUCUAUUCAUAUAGAUCUAAAAACUAAACGGUGGAGAUGUUAAUAUGUGAUCGAAAAGUCAGUCUAAUAAUUGAUUUCUUAAAAUGACAAAAAAAAAAUUGAUCCCUCAUUAGAACAGC